UGGGAUCCUCCCGGACCGGGGCACGAACCCGUGUCCCCUGCAUCGGCAGGCGGACUCUCAACCACUGCGUCACCAGGGAAGCCCGGUCCUGGUUUUAAGUCAUCCUUCUUAUCGUUUAUCCCUCCACCUCGGUCCUCGUUUUAACUGCCCCUAAAGUCUUAACUGGAAGAACAUCAUACAACUCCCUUCUCUCAUAAAUGAAUUGACAUAGUCACUGGUCUUCCUGAGGCUAGUUAUGUAGCAGAGGCAUAAAUGGGAUUUAGAUUUAUUCAUAUUUGUACUGAGGUGAGCUGGGCCUGCUUAAAUAGCUCAGAGCAGUGACUUCCAAGGACAGAGUGGGGCCCGGGUGGAAAAUGGUGACUAAAGGAAGAAAAGGUGUCUCAAAGCUGUCUUAGAGAGGUCAGGGUCAGAAGAGGAGGAAAAAGGUGGAAUAAGUGUGGAGCAGAGACGUUUUCCUUGGACCUGGGCCUGCAGGGGCAGAGAAGUGCCGAGGCCUCAGUUCUGGGAAGCCCUUCCAGCCAGGGCUCAGCCGCCGUGCAGAGGGCCCUCCAGGCUGGGGCCCCAGGGAAGGCUCUUAGGGGGCGGCUCUGGUUUGUACUGGAAGUGGUGGCUGGGAUGAAUUAGAUGCAAACGGAAGAUGCCUGUUGGGUAGGGGUGGGUGUGUGACAUGCAGAAAAGCUGUGCUCAGGAUUCUCCGCCUGUGGGUCACGACCUCUUAGGUCUUCACAGCCGGGGCAAGAGAAGCAGUUUUGUCCUGCGAUGUUGGGAGACAUGGCUGGGAGAUGUGGGAGAAGAAAAAUUAAUAACUGCAGAAGUAAUUACGGGCUCUCCAAAAGAAAUCUCCAGGCUCUCAGAAAGGACCAUGGCUGACAAAGCGGAGGAGGCUGGUGGCGUCCACUUCCCUUUUCCCUUCACACCCUAUGCCAUCCAGAAAGACUUUAUGGCAGCGCUGUACCAGGUGUUGGAGGCUGGCAAGAUUGGGAUAUUUGAGAGUCCAACCGGCACCGGAAAAUCCUUAAGUCUCAUUUGUGGGGCCCUCUCCUGGCUCCGCGACUUUGAACGGAAGAAACGGGAAGAGGAGGAGCGUCUCCUUGAGGCCGGAGCCGACCCCUUAACCAAUGGGAAGGACCAGGCCCCGUGUUCCCCACCCUCCUGCCAGCAGAGCCCAGGCUCCCCGAGGUCCGCUGGAGAGCCCGACUGGGUCACUCAGUUUGUGCAGAAGAAAGAAGAAAGGGACCUGGUGGACCGACUAAAGGAGGGGCAGGUCAGGAGGAAGAAGCGAGAAGAGCGCCUGCAGCAGAUCCGUCACAACGCGCCGCUCAAGUUCGCAGCCAAGCGCAUGAGACAGGAAGAUGAAGAAACUGAGCGUCUCCUCCGCCUGAGCCAGGAGAUGCUGGCAGCAGGCACGGGGUCGGAGCAGCAGCUGGCUUGUGGGGAGGAGGAGGAGCUGGUCCUCGCCGAGUACGAGAGUGACAAGGAGAAAGGCUCGGCCAGCGGAGUAGACGCGGAUGAGGAUGACCUGGAGGAAGAACAUGUAACUAAGAUUUACUACUGCAGUCGGACGCACUCGCAGCUGGCCCAGUUCGUGCACGAGGUGCAGAAGAGCCCCUUCGGCAAGGACACUCGGCUGGUCUCCCUGGGCUCUCGGCAGAAUCUCUGUGUCAAUGAAGAUGUGAGAAAGCUGGGUUCUGUGCAGCUCAUCAACGACCGCUGUGUGGAGCUGCAGAGAAGCAAACACGAGAAGAAGAGCGUCGUCGAGGAGGAGAAGCCCGGGCGGAGGAGGAGGCUGGAGGCGCGGGCCACCUGCCCCUUCUACAACCAUCAGCAGCUGCAGUUCCUCCGGGACGAGGUCCUGGUGGAGGUGAAGGACAUCGAGCAGCUGGUGGCCCUGGGGAAGGAGGCUCGGGCCUGUCCCUAUUACGGGAGCCGGUUCGCCAUUCCAGCAGCCCAGCUGGUGGUGCUGCCGUACCAGAUGCUGCUGCACGCGGCCGCCCGGCAGGCAGCGGGGAUCCGGCUGCAGGGCCAGGUGGUGGUCAUCGACGAGGCCCACAACCUGAUCGACACCAUCACUGGCAUCCACAGCGUGGAGGUCAGCGGUUCCCAGCUCUGCCAGGCCCACUCCCAGCUGCUCCAGUACACGGAACGAUACGGGAAGCGCUUGAAGGCCAAGAACCUGAUGUACAUCAAGCAGAUCCUGUAUCUGCUGGAGAAGUUUGUGACUGUGCUGGGCGGGAACAUUAAGGAAAACCCCAAUACCCAGAGCCUCUCUCAGGCAGGGACGGAGCUGAAGACCAUCAGCGACUUCCUCUUUCAGAGCCAGAUCGACAACAUCAACCUGUUCAAGGUGCAGCGCUACUGUGAAAAGAGCAUGGUCAGCAGAAAGCUCCUUGGCUUCACAGAGAGGUAUGGGACGGUCCUGGCGCCCUCCAGGGAGCAGCCCAAACUGUCCGGGUUCCAGCACUUCCUGCAGAGCCUGCAGCCGGGAGUGACUGCGGCUCCUGCAGCCCCCGCGGAGGAGGGGGAGGACAGGGCACCGCGGCCCGCUUCUCCACUGAUGCACAUUGAAGGGUUCCUCGCAGCUCUCACCACUGCCAACCAGGAUGGCAGGGUCAUCCUGAGCCGUCAAGGCAGCCUCAGUCAGAGCAGCCUCAAAUUCCUGCUCCUGAAUCCAGCCGUGCACUUUGCCCAGGUGGUAAAGGAAUGCCGGGCGGUGGUCCUUGCAGGGGGCACCAUGCAACCGGUGUCUGACUUCCGGGAGCAGCUGCUGGCGUGUGCCGGGGUGGAAGCUGAGCGCGUGGUGGAGUUCUCCUGUGGUCACGUGAUCCCUGCAGACAACAUCCUGCCCCUGGUCAUCUGCAGCGGGCCCUCCAACCAGCAGCUGGAAUUCACGUACCAAAAGAGAGAGCUGCCUCAGAUGAUGGAUGAGACGGGUCGCAUCCUCUAUAACCUGUGCAACGUGGUGCCGGGAGGGGUGGUCUGUUUCUUCCCCUCCUAUGAGUACCAACGCCAGGUCCAUGCCCACUGGGACAAGAGUGGCCUGCUGGCCCGCCUGGCUGUCAGGAAGAAGAUAUUUCAGGAGCCCCAGAGAGUGAACCAGGUGGAGCAGGUGCUGCUGGAGUAUUCCAGGUGCAUUAAGCACUGUGGCCAGGCAGGGGGCAUGGUGACAGGCGCCCUGAUGCUCUCCGUGGUCGGAGGGAAGAUGAGUGAAGGCAUCAACUUCUCUGACAACCUUGGCCGGUGUGUGGUCAUGGUGGGCAUGCCCUUCCCCAGCAUCAGGUCUGCAGAGCUGCAGGAGAAGAUGGCUUACCUGGACCAGACCCUUCCCCGAGCCCCGGGCCAGGUGCCCCCUGGGAAGGCGUUGGUGGAGAACCUGUGUAUGAAGGCUGUCAACCAAUCCAUAGGCAGGGCCAUCAGGCACCAGAAGGAUUUUGCCAGCAUCGUGCUCCUGGACCAGCGGUAUGCCCGCUCUCCUAUCCUGGCAAAGCUGCCGGCCUGGAUCCGGGACCGCGUGCAGGUCAAAGCCACCUUUGGCCCUGCCUUUGCUGCUCUGCGGAAGUUUCAUCGAGAGAAGUCUGGCUCUUGCUGACAGGUGGCUGCACCACUGCCUGGUCACCAGGCCCUCCUUUCACCCCACCCACUAGAAAUGUUGUCUUGGGCCUGGAAUCAGUGGGCUGCCGGGACCUAGGAAUAGGUGAAGCCAACAGGAGAAAAUGAGGCUGAUCCUAAAGGAACAGUGCCCCGCCAUUCCUGGGCCCGUCCCAGGGCAGUUGCCCUCCCUGGAAUUGAGCCUGUCUUCCACUCGGCAUGGCCCGGAGUCCAGCUCCCUGACCUGAUUCCUGGCCGGCCUUUGUGAGCGACUGUGGAGGCCGCGGCAUCUCCGCCCUUGCUUGCUUCUCAGUAUCCACAUUCUCAGAGGUGAGGUGGGGCAGGCCCUCCCUCCCUCUACUUUCUCGCUAAAAGUAGCUGUUCUAGGCCUUUCACCCUCUCCCGGGAACUAAGAGCAUCCCCCUGGGCUUCUGCUCACCCUAACCACCUUCUUGUUCUGAGUUGCUAAGAACUGCUCCCCGCUCCCGCCCGCUGGCCGCACUUCUUCCUGCAGGCGGCUCCUGGGCUCCUGGCCCUGCAGUCCUCCCGGGCAGGGGGCCCCUCCCUCUCUCCCUCUCCACCACCACCUGAGCCCAUGCCGCCUCUUCCCCUGACAUCAGCAGUUAUGCCGAGGGCCAUCAGGCUCUCAGCGAGGCUAUUUUUAGCGACCCCAUGCCUGUCACUGAGACAUAUUUUCCUGCGUGGAAAUGUCCCUCCCUCCGCUGGCCCCUGCUUACCGCACCUCUCCCUGCCCCUGCCACCUGAGACCCGGCCUGGAGGGACAUCGUCUGCGUUUUGUGCAGCUGUGGUCUCUUAAUUAAAAGGGCGCUGUUGGUUUA